CUGGAGCUUGAUUGGCGGUCGUGCCGACCAGUGAGACCAGGGCGUAGGCGGGGCGCGGCUUGGAGCGCGAAACAUGGCGGGGCAGGACGCUGGCUUCGGCCGCGGCGGCGACGACUACUCAGAGGACGAGGGCGACAGCAGCGUGUUCAGGGCGGCUGUGGAGGUGUUCGGGAAGCUGAAGGACCUAAACUGCCCCUUCCUCGAGGGUCUGUAUAUCACAGAGCCAAAGACGAUUCAGGAACUGCUGUGCAGCCCCUCAAAGUACCGCUUGGAGAUCCUAGAGUGGAUGUGUACCCGGGUCUGGCCCUCACUGCAGGACAGGUUCAGCUCACUGAAAGGGGUCCCAACAGAGGUGAAGAUCCAAGAAAUGACGAAGCUGGGCCAUGAGCUGAUGCUGUGUGCGCCAGAUGACCAGGAACUCCUCAAGGGCUGUGCCUGCGCCCAGAAGCAGCUGCACUUCAUGGACCAGUUGCUUGAUGCCAUCCGGAACCUGACCGUUGGGUGCUCCAGUUGCUCGAGCCUGAUGGAGCACUUCGAGGACACCAGGGAGAAGAACGAGGCCUUGCUAGGGGAGCUCUUCUCCAGUCCCCACCUGCAGAUGCUCCUGAAUCCAGAGUGCGACCCAUGGCCCCUGGACAUGCAGUCCCUCCUCAACAAGCAGAGUGAUGACUGGCAGUGGGCCAGUGCCUCUGCCAAGUCUGAGGAGGAGGAGAAGCUGGCGGAGCUGGCCAGGCAGCUGCAGGAGAGCGCUGCCAAGUUGCAUGCGCUUAGAACGGAGUACUUUGCACAACACGAGCAAGGGGCCGCUGCGGGCGCAGCCGACGUCAGCACCCUAGACCAGAAGCUGCGUCUGGUCACCUCCGACUUCCACCAGCUAAUCUUGGCUUUCCUCCAAGUCUAUGACAACGAGCUGGGCGAGUGCUGCCAGCGCCCAGGCCCUGACCUUCACCCGUGCGGCCCCAUCAUCCAGGCCACGCACCAGAAUCUGACUUCCUACAGCCAACUGCUGCAAGUGGUCGUGGCAGUUGCUGACACCUCUGUGAAAACCGUGGAGACGGUGAAGAAGCAGCAAGGCGAGCAGAUCUGCUGGGGCGGCAGCAGCUCCGUCAUGAGUCUAGUGGUUUCAGGUCCAUAGCCUCUGAGCCCUCGUUUUGGAGACUGUCUUUGAAUGAACCCUCCAGCCAGCUGUCUCCUCGGAGAGCCAGGCUUCUCACUGCUCUUGGCCUCGGCACAUAUCUGCCCCACGUAUACCAGGCCCUGAGGAGUCUCUUCUUGCCGACUGAACUGCAACAGAAGCCUCCACUUUAAAAUUUAUUAUAGCGUUUAUCCUAAUCACCACCGUCACUAUGACUCUCUCCCCAGUUUUUAUCAUUGCUGUUAGUAAACUGCUUAUAAUCUAUGCCAUCAUUCUUGUAAUGAUAAUUGGUAUUCUUAACAGUGUACCAGCUCACCUGUGACUGUGGCACCGUAGGACUGGUGGCAGGUCUUGCCUUUCAGAAAAGCCCUUUAUCGCGUCUUGGCUAAGAUCAAGUGUAGUGUCUGUUCUUACCAGAAAGGCAGCCUUUGUGUCCAGGCUGUGUGAACUGGGCAGUGCGUUGUGUACAGGGAAGUGUCUGUUCACCCUCGAGCCCCAGCCACCUCGGGGAUCUGGAGAGACGCCAGGGGAGUGGGCCCAGGGCGGGCAUCGGCCUCUCUUGGGGCUCUCAACUCAGCUCUCAUCGGUUCAGCAUCCUGAUUUGGUUUGAGAUGAAUUCUUAGUGUCUGGACACACCAGAGAAAGGGUCAGCAUCAAAUCCACGCCAGAGGCCACUCGGGACAGUUCUUUACUUGUCCCGUUUCCCAUCUGACCCCUCGAGGGCCCUGGUCUGGAUGGCCCUCCUCCCAUUGUGGAAGGCCUGUGUUUCUGUGCUGUUUCCCCUCCCAGCAAUCUGCAUGCCCGCAGCCAGGCUCUGUUGGAGGUAUGGCACCACCUAUGAAGUGAGGAGCAGCCAGUGUGACUUCUGGGCUCUUGUCAGGGGCGUGGCCUAUUGUGAGUUGGGAGGGCCUUGGCACUGUGGGUCAGCACCGCCCACCAGGAGUCGCCCCCCAGGCUUCCUGAAACUUCACUGCCAUGAAAACAUCAAUGUAUUUGGAAACCGAAGCAAUAUUGUCAGUGCAAGAAUGGGGCAGGAGAGUUGAGGGUAUGGAGAGAUGCCACCCACCCUGGAAGUGGUGAGGGGCUCAGUGGGCGAGGAAGGUGGCAGCCAAGAGGACAGCCCAAGGGGCAGCGGGGUGCCGGGGAUGGGGCAGUGGCAAGCAGAUGGAAGCAGAGGGCACAGGUGAAGCAGGUCUGGGUGGUGGCCCCGGCGAGACCCUAGCCUGUUCUUCUGUGAAGAAAAUGAUGGAAAUGAAUAAGCAAACCAGCUCCCAAGCUGCUGGCCCGGCCCCCACAGAGCCUGAGCGGCUCCUAGCUCGGCUCUUGAUGUGGCUAAUGUGGCUGACAGCAGCCCGGGUGAAGCCUACCUUUUCGCAGCCUCUGAGGGUCCAUGGGGCAAGAGCUGACUCCUGCCUCACCUCUGUGGAACUCCUCCAAACUGUCCUCCGGAGAGAUACCCCACAGGCAAUGGCUCCACCACAGCGGACCAGGGGGAGCGGCAGCUACCCAGAUCCUCUCCCCAGCCGCGGUGGCUCGAAAAGCAGCCCCAUGCAGGAGAGAAGGAAGCCCUGGAUGAGCAGGAAAUCUGACCCAAAGGACUUUCCGACACUAUUGAAUACACUCAGUGCGACAUCCAGACGUGCCUGGACAGCUGUGAAAACCCAGCCACAAGGAGACUAGAAACGAAAUGAGGCUGGGAUCUCUAAGAAGAGAGAAAAGAGACAGAAAAACCAGCACAAAGAUCAGCGUCCUGCAGGCCCCAGCCAGGCACAGGGUCUCCAGGACAGGGGGCAGGGGGGAUGGAGGGCAGGGCUCCGGAGGAGGCGGGCACACAGAACAAGCCAGGUGAGUGCAGGUGCUGAGCACAGGGCGGGUGGGACCCACCUCCUGCCAUCUGGAGUACAGGGGCCAAGGGCUGGGGCCAAAGCUUCGGGAGAAACAACCUGUGGCCUCAGGAGCAGCCAGGGUGCCUUACAAGCUCUGAGGGCCCUGCACACCCGGCCUUGGGCUCUGGACCCUGCCAAGCUCUGCACCAAGAGUGAGGGCAGAGCAGGAAGGCUGGGAUGGAGGUCUAGACGAUUUGAUAAGGGCAGAUGCCACAUGAGGGACACAGUCUAGAGCAGUGCGCAUUGCGGCAGGAAGCGCCUUAGCUGGGACGCCACUGGAAGCUGAUGGCUAGUGGAGAGGGUCCUGGGGCAAUUCCGGGCGGGCUGAGCACAUUCCCCAGCUCAGUGUCACCCCGAGGCACACCCCGUGAUUCCUGAGCUUCAGAGUCACCCUUGGGAUGGGCAGAGGAUGACAAAUUCAGAGUUCACAGCACCUAAUGUCAAUGCUAAUGACCUCAACAUGUAAAAGGCAAAGUGUAGCUGACAGUGGGGCCAUGGAUGGGGAGUGGACAGGCAGGGCAGGUGAGGGGCUGUGUCGUCCUCCUCUGUCUGCUGGGGGAAGGGGAUGAUGGCCAUGGUCUAGGGUUGGCGACUGAGAGGCAGAUGUGGUUACGGCAGAUAAGGUGCAGUGCAGUCACCACGCUCGCCACCCGGCUGGGCAGCCAAGGCCUUAGGGCUGUCUGUGUGCUUGGGUUUGUUGUGUGUGCAUUUAUCCAUCUGGUUAAUACUGAACGUGCCACUGAAGUCAGGACAGUCCCUGCCUCCUCACUGUGUGCCAUAUGCUGCCCCUGGGACUCGGGGGGCAGGGGGCAGGUGGGCGGGGGCACAGCUGGGUCAGCAGACCCGGGCCUGGGUCUCGGAACUGUGCUGCGGUUGGUGUGACCCAGCCCAGGGUUCCCAAGCUGCUGGCCUGGCCCCCACAGAGCUUGAGCAGCUCCCAGUUCGGCAGUGCCUGUCCCUUCCCUGCCGUCCUGGUGGUAGCUGGGGCUCAAGGAGGAUCAGCUGAGGACAUGUGCCUUGGGCAGCGGGCAGGAGGCACCUCGCCUCUUGCGCCAGGCUCGCUUUCCUGUUGGUUUCUUUCCUCUGCAGCUACCAAGAUGAAUGAACUAAUGGAGAAGUACAGAGUCUUCAGUGACGGCCCACGCAAAAGCACAGGAUAGUGGGGGCAGGAAGCCCUCUCCCCAGAUCGAGUUGGCCGAGGAUGGAUGAUUGUGGCAGCAGAAGCCGUUGC